AUGGUGCUCCUUUCACCAAUUUUACUCUUCUCCACUUUGCUUUCGACCGCGGCCCUUGCUAGCUCAAAUUGUAAAUCCACGCCCAAUGAUCCGACUUGGCCAGCUGUCGAGGAAUGGAAAAGCCUGAACCAAACUAUUCGAGGUGCCUUGAUAAAAACUUCCCCCGCUCCCUCAUCCUGCUAUGAAGGUAAUCCAUUCAAUUCCUCUACGAAUUGUUCAGAUGUGACCAAAUAUUGGACAUAUGCCGCCUAUCAUUCAGCUUGGCCUGAAAGUGUCGACUACUCUAUUUUCACAAAUAACUCUUGCUUGCCCCCUGGUGCCGAAGGUUACACUAGAGCCCGGGGCUGCAGCGUUGGGGCUUUACCGCAAUACAUUGUGAAUGCUACAGAUGAGCAACAAGUUGUUACUGCACUGCAAUGGGCAACAGGGAGAAAUAUCAGGGUCGUUGUCAAAGGAACAGGACAUGACCUAAGUGGCAGAUCUACAGGCGCAUAUUCACUUUCGAUCUGGACUCACAACUUCAAGCACAUUGAGCAUCAACCCGAAUGGCCACUUCCCGAUGGAAGUGGAACCGCCGAUGUAGUAAUUUGCGGGAGCGGUCACACAUGGGGAACUGUUUACAACGCUGUGCAUGCCAUGAACAGGUCUGUUGUGGGCGGCGAAGACGCAACCGUUGGUCUUGGUGGACUUAUCCAAAACGGAGGUCACGGUCUACUAUCCAGCCACUAUGGGCUUGCAUCGGACCAGGUAUACCAAGUCACCGUCAUCACAGCAGACGGCCGACGACUGGUGGCCAAUAACAAACAAAAUGCGGAUAUCUUCUGGGCUGUCCGUGGUGCUGGUGGGGGCCAAUUUGGUGUCGUCACUGGAUUUGUCCUGAAAACUCACCCCGUGCCCAAAAAUUUGGUUACUGGUGGAUUCUCCUUCUAUCAAGUACCUGCCUCGAAGGCCGGUAAUAUUUCCUGGGCGGCGCUUGCUAAAGUCGCAAGUUCGAUCCCUGACAUUAUGGACAAUGGCCUUACGGGGACCGUUACUGCUAUGACCGGAAGCUCAGCGAUGGCGCUGACAGGGCUGAAUCACACUUCACCAGGAGUCGUGGCUUCGGUCGGCUUGGUGGGAUUCAACAUGACGACUGAGGCGAUGGAUCGGAUAGUCCAGAAAAUGACAUCUCGCUUCGUAAAUAUCAGCUCUGCAGAUACGUUGAAAGUUGUUCAUAAGUCAUCCGAAGCAUACAGCUAUUGGGCAUACACUAAGCCGGACUUUCUUUCCAGUGCUUCUUGUGGUUCCUCAAGCCUCAUGAGCAGCCGUCUGCUAGGACGUCACGAGCUUUCAGAUAUUCCAAUGACAGAUCUGGUCACCUAUCUCCAACAAGCCUCAGUGUCGCAGUCUAAUACAGGCUCCAUCCUUCUCUUCGGCUUGCAGGGUGGCCCCGGGCCAGCCAGCACACCCGAGGAUAGGCGCGGGAGCGUUCUACCUGCAUGGCGCAGUGCGUACGUACAUGCAAUGUCUUACGGGGCAUCUUUGAAUGCAACUGCUGAUCCAAGUGAUGCGCUAGCAUCUGGAGCUCAAUGGUACGAAGCGAAUCUGGAACCUGUUUGGAGGAAUUGGGCACCCAGAACAGGCUCGUACAUGAAUGAGGGCAAUGCAUUCAGUAGUACGUGGAAACAAGACUUUUAUGGGGAGAACUAUAACCGGCUCUUGGAACUCAAAAGAGCCUAUGAUCCGUCCGGGAGUUUCUUUGUGUGGAGUGGUGUUGAAAGUGAUAUGUGGGAGUACGACCUUCACAGUGGUCUGCUUUGCCGGAUUGAUUGA